GUGCAGCAGACAGCCAGAACUCAAUUUGGGUGCCAUUCCAGACAGCUGCCGGACACAUCACAGCACUCUACAAAGAGGCUGUAGAGUCAGUGCGACGCAGUGGUGAGGCAGGAGUGCAGGCAGGGUAUCAGCGACGCACACGUGAGGUGCUUAACUGGGCCCGCAGGAGGAGACACAUCCGCCGUGAGGAGUUGAUAGCAUUUUUAGCUGGCAAGACACCCCCACCCAGAACAACCCACCUCAGAGGUUCCCCCCGCACCCGCAUAUCACUGGAGCGCAUGAGCCCACGCCUGCCCAGCCCUCACCACCACAGUCACGUACACCCCCACACACACAACCCAGAGCCAGACCUCAACACCUUCAAAGAAGCUCUUGGGAUCUCAGGUCAACCAAGUAUAAAUGUACGUCCAUCCCCAGUCGGGUCGCCCACCCUCUCCUCCCGCCGGCGGAAUUCAACACACUUGCCUGAGCUCCAGGCUUUCAUAUGUGAUGAAUUUGCAAGAAAUAAGCGGCCAGCACCCUCCUCUUCUCCCACCCAUGAUGUCACCAUGGACUCACCUCAGCACAAACGCUCUCGCUUUACUUAAAGAUAUGAGUUAGAUUUUUUUUUUUCUUUUUUAUUGUAGUUACCGCUGUUUUUUUUAUUUUUUUAUUUUUUUUUUUUUAAUCUUUAUUUUAUUUUGUGACAACCUCUUUCACUGUGCCUAAAGGUUGGAUUUUUCAGUGGGGAAGUUAUCUAUUUGAUUUUGAAGUUGCAAAUUAUAGAAGAUAGUACUGAUUCGUAAGGAAAUCAGAUUUUUUUUUUCAUCCUCUUUUUUUCAUUCAUUAUUUAUCUUUUCCUGCUAUUUUUCUUACCAGACAGUAUAAUUAUGUAAGGACCACGAAUGGCCCUCUUUUGAAGGUCGUGCAGUAGAUAAUGUACUUGAAAGACUCUAUCUGUCAGGUAUAUUAUCUUGGGCCUGAUUUAAUUUUGUUUAUACAGAUAUAGGGAUCUAGAAAUAUAAAAUUUUAACAAUGUUCUAUAUUACUCAAAGAUAUGAGUUCUGAUAAGUCAUGAAUUCCCUGUCCCCUCCUCGUCUCCUUUCCUCUUCUCUUCUCUUUUCCCAUCUCUACUCUCUCUCCCUCUCUCUCUUGCUCUCUUUCUCUCCAUUCCUCCUCCUCCUCCUCCUCCUCCUCCUCCUCCUCCUCCUCCUCCUCCUCCUCCUCCUCCUCCUCCUCUUCCUCCUCCUCCCUCUUAUCUUCUGUAGAAUGUCAAUGGAUAACUCUAAUGCUCUUCAGCCUGAGACAGACAUGAUGCAUAGACCAAUGAGUCAUGUCAUUGUGCCUAUUCCUUUGUAAAUACUUGUAAAGAAAUAAACAUUUUGAGAGGUCGUAUCCUCAGAUAUCCUCAGAGGUUUUGUGGCCUCGUGAAACAAGAUGAGAGCACAAAAAUUCACUUGCGAAGAAAACAGUGUCUUUACCCCCCAAAAAAAGAAAAAAAAAAAAAAGUUUAUUAAAUGUGUAUGAAGAUGAUACACAAAUCAUUAUUGUAAGGUAUCGUUGAUAAAAAAGUGUAUGGAAAUGUUCAGGUUACAAAUUGCAACAGCCAAAUUUAUUCUUAUUCACACUUCUGAGCACUUUAACUGAAUGAGGCUAGAGUACACAAAAAUGAUCAGGCAGGUUAUAUUAGCUUGUCUUAAAGUGUACAGACUUGACAUUACUCAGUAGUUGAAAACUGCAAUAUUUAUCUUUAGAUUUUGUUAUAGUGUUUGAUUGUGGUUAUUAUAUGUAAUGUCCUGGACUCCUUCAGUGAAAGUGUUUGGGGAGUUUUUUUUUUUUUUAUUAUUAUCAUUAUUAUUAUUAUCAAUUUUUUUUUUCUCUCUCUCUUGUUUGUUUUUUCAUUUAUAUCUCUUGAAUAGGAAACAGUCUAGGGGAAGUAUGUUUGGUAUAAAAAAGCAACUUCAGAGGCCAGCAGUUUUAUGCACUUUGAUAAAAGAAAUGAGGUAGAGGACACACCUAACCGUGGAAAACAAGUUUAAAAUACAAAGCAAAUACAAACCCACAGCUGGCUCAAAUCAGCCAGUAAUAGUGUAAGAAAUCUCUCAAAGGUCUCUAAAAGUAGAGGAGCAAACAACGUGAUACCUCUUUUUAAUAUACAUUAUGUAUGGAUAAUAUAAAGAAGUUAGUAUUUAAGGUGUUUUCAGUGAUGCACUUUGUAUGCAAAACUAGUCCCAUACAGGCGUUUUGCUUACCCUGUACAUGCUUCCAGUUUUCUUGCCUUGGCCCUCAAGAAACUGUCCCUUUUCACCUGGCUUGUAAUUUACAAUUGUACUUUGUGACUUGUUAUUAUAAAUAAUGGUCCAGAAUUGUUAAUAAAUGAAAUUUCUAAUGUGGUUCCUAUUGCCUGGAAUAUUUUUAAAAAUUAGUGUUAGAUACCAUUUUUGUAUGAUUUUUUUUGUUGACUUUUUCAUGUAGUAAAUUAGGCCUUGUAUAUGCUAAAAAGAAGAAAAAGGAAGUAAAACCUUGCACAACCAGCUAAAAACAAAAUUAUGUUAUGAUAGUAAUCUCAGUCUUGUUUGUGAGAGAGAUAGUUCAUGGUUUGCAAAAGUCGUAAAGACAGCAUCAGUCAAAGGGAUGUCCAUUUCAAUGGUUAGGAGAUAUGACACCGAGUUGGGCUCCUACAGUGAAACAUAGUUUAAUCUCAUAACAAUGCUGUAAGCAUUGCUGUACUAGAUAUAUGGAGGGGCCAUUUAUUCUGUCAAUAUGACCCAGGUAUAAACAUAUUUAGACCAAAAGAAAUGUUUAAAAUGGGAUUUAAAAAGGAGUCAUUUAUUGAGGAAACUUUGAAAAAAAGUGGGGGGGAUACAUAUGAGCCAUAUUUGCAUGAACCAUCAUGCCCAGUGGGCAGGAGCAGGAAGCCCAUUUUUGGCCAACUUUGAAAUUAAACCAGUGGGAUGCCCUUACCUGGAGCUGACUCACCCACUGAUUGGUUGUACUGCCUAUUGCUAGUAGCGGCUGCCACUGAUUUACGAAUUCAUGUAGACUGAAGUCACCAAUGUGGCUGAAGGAAUUUGCCCACUGGUUAUGCCUGAUCAUGCGGACAUAGCUUUAGAUAUAGGUUUUUAUCAAGAUAAUUAUUUAGUAAUUAUGGCUAUAUUGACAGGGCUUAAGAUAACAGCGGCAAGAACAAAAAUAUAAUUAUAUAAGCAACUUGGCAUCUCCUCAUCAGUGCUGGAGUAGACAUCUUUGCAAAGUUUGAGAAAAGGUAGUGCAACAAAUGCUUCAUUUUUGUUAUAUUAUUUGUUUUCAUGUUUGAUAUUAUCCCCCACUGCAAGUGCAUCACAUUGUAAAAUAUUCAGUUUAUGUGUACAUAGGUUUUAUUUUUAUGUACUUUUUUUCCCCCCUUCCCUUUCUUUUUUUAUUUAUAUAUAUAUUUUUUUGUCCUACCUCUCUUCUAUUCUCUCUCUGCUUUCAAUUGAUUGUGCCAUGUUAGAUCUCCAAAUUUCUUUCCUCUUUUUCCUUUCUUUUUUGUAUAUAUAUAUAAAUAUACAUAUAUAUAUAUAUAUACAUGCAUACAAGACAAAAGGUUGGUCAGUUCAAGGAGUGGGGGGAAAUAGUAAUGCAAUGUCAUGUGCAAAUGUCACCGUGUGCAUUUAUAAGAGAGAGAGGCAGUGUAAAAAGAAAAAGAAAAGACAUAGUGUAAUUGUGUAUAUUUCUUCCUCUCUUUCAUCUGCUUUUCAUUAAAAAAAAAAAAAAAAAUUAUAUAUAUUUUA